AAGAUCCAGUGGAUAGAGCUGGACUGUCUGCGCAAGCCGCAACCCACGCUGCGGCUUGCGCAGAAGAUCCAGUGUGGAGAGGGAGGCGUCAUGUACACUCUGGGCUGGAGUCUGGCAAAAAUAGUACUGCCGCAGAUCCAUGUGUGUUUCAACCCAACCACGGAAACUACUAAGUUUACCUGGCAUGCAGUACAAGGAAAACACAUCGCAGCGAAAUCCGUAGACGCUGGCCGCCCAUCGUUCAAGAGCGCAGAGAUGUUUUCAGCCGACGUGAGCAGCCUGUACAGCAAGAAGAACCAGGAGAGGCUGGCUGACGAGGUGCUGGGGUCGCGGAAGAUCCUGACAGUGGAUGGGCAGCAGUUCCUAGCCAAGGGUCACCUGGCUCCUGACGCUGACUUCGUGUACACUUUCGAGCAGGACGCCACCUACUACUAUGCUAACGUUGUCCCUCAAUGGCAAGGCAUUAACAAUGGCAACUGGAAGCGUCUUGAGAACGACAUCCGGGAUCUAGCCAAGAAGAAAAAGAGGACAUUGGAGGUGUGGACUGGCACUUAUGGCACUCUCCAACUGCCAGAUGCCAACAAUAACCAUAUCGAUCUUUUCCUAGGGCUACCAGAAAAAUUGAAGAUCAUUCCGGUGCCAGCUCUCGUGUGGAAGGUAGUACACGACAUCAAAUCACGUCAAGCAGUCGCCAUUGUUGGGGUUAAUGAACUCACGGGUAAAGGAAAGGCCAAGGAAUUGUCCCUGUUUCAACCUCCGUGUCGUGACCUAUGUCAUGAGCUCAGCUGGAUAGACUGGGACACGAGUGAUCGAGAACGGGGGCUGGCCUUCUGCUGUCAAGUCAAGGAUCUCAAACCAACUAUCCCAGUAUUGCCUAAUCUCGGAAGUGUUACUCUCCUAAAGUGAAAAAAAAAAUUCUAUAUCGCAAAAGAAGAAAAAACAGCAUUAGCUCAACCUUCUUUCCUCACCUUUCAUAAAAUGUAGUCAUAAAAGCAUUAGGCAUAUUAUAUGAUGCAUUUUUGACUACGUUUUCUUUCUGCAAGUAGUUUCUUCCUUGUAUUUAUUACAGCAACAAGGACGUGUAGUUUUAUAGAAGCCCGAGGCACACUGGGAUCCUAGAUAAUGAACUGGUAAAUGCUGAGGCUAGGUCUCUAUAGCAAAGUUGUGCCUCUAGGUGAUAUUCUAGGCACUUUUUUUUUUUAAAGAUUAUUAUAAUCAAAACUAAGCGCUGAACCACCAGGGUCAUAUAGUGUCUUCUUUACAAGAGGGUUGUGCCUUGAUGGUGUCGAGGGGCUGACUAAAAAAUUCCACUUCUUCGGAAUAAACCUGAUUAUUUCUCACUUUUAGGCGCUAUAUGAUCUUCAAAAGUUAAUCGCUCCUUAUGGAUAUUUAUAAUAAUUUAGGCAAGUUAGAGAGAUAUGUAGGGGAAGUGGAGAACCUGGGGGGCCAGUCUUUGAUGUCUAGAAAAUUAUAUAGAGUACAGAAGCACGAGUGUCUGUUCCUUCGUUGACAGAACCUAUAAUUCUGAGAUAGUUCCUGUCAAUUAAGACUUUAAACACUCGAGUUAAGUCGCACACGUGGGAAACAACCGACGUGUUAAAAACAAAUAUAUAUAUGUCGUGCCGAAUAGAUAAAACUUGCGAUUUUGGCUUAAGUAGCAACGCUCUUCUUGCCGAAUAAGGCAAGCGAAAAUUUGUGUAAGCAAUAAUUUCGCAAAAAUCAUUCUGAACCUAACGAAAAAAAUAUAUUUCAGUGUGUUUAUUAUUAAAUUAUUGUAAACUUGACUAAAAUAUAUUUAGUUGGAUUAGGCUAAAUUAAAUUGCGCUAGUUAUAAUAAGGUUAGAUAAGUUUCCUAAGAUACUUUUGGUACAAAAUUAUUAAUUUUCACAUUAACAUAAAUGAAAAAAAAAAUCUUUAAACGUAUAAGAGAAUACUUUAGAGACGACUUAUUUUUCAACGAGUUGUUGCUAAUUGACCAGUUUUACCUAUACGGUACGUAAUAUAUAUAAAUUAUUACAUGUGAAAUACAUAUUACAAACAUUUUGUUUGUAAUAUGUCAGUACCUCAAAAUUAUUAAACAAAUAUUCAAUUUGUAUAUAUUAUACUUAUUUGAUUAUUAUUAUUAUUAUAUAUUGUCAGUUAACAUUUAAUAGUUAUAAUCAUAACCAUGAUUUUUGAAGAGGUGGAUGGGUAAGCCUGCGGAAGGCCUCAGUCAGAUGACCAAAAGCACCAGUUGUGAGUCAUCAUAUGACUAAGACCCGAGUCAGGAAACAUUUGUCCUGUUUCCUGACAAACAUUAUGCCUACCUAUUAUUAUUAAUGCACAGUAUUUUGCCUCAAACGCCCUUGUCUUGUCGCACAAGAGAACAUGUGCAGAACAUGUGUACCCACUUGACCGCCAGUAUGACAGAUAAGAUUUUGUUCGAAUUUUUAACCCCAGAGGGUUUGAAGCUCACCCUGUGAGCGUCACCUUCACACCACCUUGUAUGUGAUGUCACAGGAUGAACGACCACACUGGCGGUCAAGCAAGUACUCACAUAAUUGAGGUUGCAGGUGUCGAUUGUGAGUUCAUUACCUUUGUAAAUUGUGAGUUCAUUACCUUUGUAAAUUGUGAGUUCAUUACCUCUGUAACUUGCUCAGCUAUCAAAACUUUGGAGUCCAGUCCCUGGACCAAUUAUGUACCUCUGUAAUCUUUUGACUACCGCCCACAGGAUGGGUAUGGGGUGCAUAAUAAACAUAUUAAACUAAAA